GAAGUUCGUUCAGAUCUACAUUACACAGUCAGACGCUGAGAAUAUAGUAUCUUUCAAAUCAAAAACCUAUCUAGUAAAAAAUUAUCGACAUGGCAAACGCAGUAGUUAUUUCGUUAGCCUUAAUGGUUACCAUCAUAUCUGCAGAAAUGCUUCAGUUGGACGAUAACUACGUGAAUCGAGUGGUCGGUGGCCAUGAGGCUGCCGAUGGAUCCGUGCCCCAUCAAGUAUCAUUGCAGUUGCAGGGCUUUGGACACCUCUGUGGUGGUUCCAUAAUAGCCGAACGGUGGGUUCUGACGGCUGCCCACUGUGUUAAUGGUCAAAAACCCGGGCAGCUGAACGUACUGGUCGGAACCAACAGUCUAAAGGAAGGCGGAGAUCUCUACGAAACGGACAAAUUCUUCCAGCACAAGUAUUACGACAAACCGCAAUUUCACAACGACGUGGCAUUGGUUCGCCUGAAAUCCAAGCUACAAUUCUCCGCCAAGGUUAAGGCUAUUGUGUACUGGGAGAAGGAAGUAGGUGCCAACCGGACGGUAACUCUGACGGGAUGGGGUAGAACUUCGGCUGGAGGACCCGUUCCGACGAAGUUGCAGACACUGGACCUCAAAACGAUCAGCAACGAAGAGUGCAAGCAGAAAUCCGCAAGUGGUGGCAGUAACGUUGAUAUUGGCCAUAUUUGCACUCUUACCAGAAGCGGCGAAGGAGCGUGCAACGGAGAUUCUGGUGGACCACUAACUCUUGAUGGAAAGCUAGUAGGAUUGGUGAACUUUGGCGUGCCCUGCGCAUUUGGAUAUCCGGACGCCUAUGCACGUGUAUCAUAUUUCCACGAGUGGGUUCGAACUACUCUUGCUGAGAAUUCAGCGUAACCGACUAUAUCCAUACACUAAAACGGAAAACAUUUUCAAAGAAGAAUGUCUCAUUAAUAAAGUUGCAUUGAAAGAGCAAAUGGAAAAUUGCGUAUUAUUAACUUA